CUUUCCUGUCCAUGGAGCAGGGCGAGGCUCUGCGCAUGCGCCGUGCUGUCCUUUCAGUGGGACGGUCGACUCCCCUCCCUCUCUGUCUCACUCCGUCUGGGUAAAGGAAAAAAAUAAAAACCCUUUGGUGCAUCGGCGGAGACCGGGCGGCUGCCAGGACGAGAGCCAGAGUUCAGACACAACUUUACCUAUCCCGAGGAUCUGUGCGUUCUCUUCUUCAUCGUCAUCCUUCCUUCCGAGUAGCGGUGAAGAACCAUUGGUGAAGAUGUCUGGCUACCAGGGCAAGAAGAACAUCCCCCGCAUCACAAGUGACCGUCUCCUGAUCAAAGGCGGAAAGAUUGUGAACGAUGACCAGUCCUUCUGCGCUGACAUCUAUAUCGAGGAUGGAGUCAUCAAACAAAUCGGGGAGAAUCUCAUCGUGCCCGGCGGGGUGAAAACCAUCGAUGCCCACGGCCGCAUGUUGAUGCCUGGCGGCAUCGACGUGCACACGCGUUUCCAGAUGCCCGAUCGAGGCAUGGUGUCUGCUGACGACUUCUACCAGGGAACCAAGGCGGCGCUGGGCGGAGGCACCACCAUGAUCAUUGACCACGUGCUUCCUGAACCUGGAGUCAGCCUCAUCUCGGCCUUCGAGCAGUGGCGUGAAUGGGCCGACAGCAAGUCCUGCUGCGACUACUCCCUGCACGUCGACAUCACUGAGUGGCACAAAGGCAUCCAGGAGGACAUGGAGGCGUUGGUGAAGGAUCAUGGCGUCAACUCUUUCCUGGUCUACCUGGCUUAUAAGGACGUUUUCCAGCUUACUGACGCUCAGGUGUACGAGGUGUUCAGUGUGAUCCGCGAUCUGGGAGCCAUCGCCCAGGUGCACGCUGAGAAUGGGGACAUUGUAGCCGAGGAGCAGCAUAGGAUCCUGGAGCAGGGGAUCACUGGACCUGAGGGACACGUGUUGAGCCGACCUGAGGAGGUGGAGGCUGAGGCUGUGAACCGCUCUGUGACUGUGGCCAAUCAGACCAACUGCCCUCUCUAUAUCACCAAGGUGAUGAGCAAGAGUGCUGCUGAUGUCAUCGCCCAGGCCAGGAAGAAGGGCACUGUGGUCUACGGAGAGCCAAUCACUGCAAGCCUGGGAACAGACGGUUCUCACUAUUGGAGCAAGAACUGGGCCAAGGCAGCUGCCUACGUCACCUCCCCUCCCCUGAGCCCCGACCCAACCACGCCAGACUAUCUCAACUCCCUGCUCUCCUGUGGUGACCUGCAGGUGACAGGAAGCGCACACUGUCCCUUCAACACCGCCCAGCGUGCUGUUGGCAAAGACGACUUCAGCCUGAUCCCUGAAGGCGUCAAUGGUACUGAGGAGAGGAUGUCCAUCAUCUGGGACAAGUGUGUGGUGACUGGUAAGAUGGACGAGAACCAGUUUGUGGGGGUGACCAGCACCAACGCAGCCAAGAUCUUCAACCUGUACCCCCGCAAGGGUCGUAUCGCCGUGGGAUCAGACGCCGACCUGGUGCUGUGGGACCCAGACGUCACGAAGAUCAUCUCUGCCAAGACCCACUACUCGACUGUGGAGUACAACAUCUUUGAGGGCAUGGAGGUGCGCGGUGGGCCUCUGGUGGUGAUCAGCCAGGGCAAGAUCGUCUUGGAGGAAGGGAACCUCCACGCCACUGAGGGCUCGGGACGCUUCGUGGCCCGCAAACCCUUCCCUGACUACGUCUACAAGAGGAUAAAGGCUCGCAGCAGGCUGGCUGAGCUGAGGGGUGUGCCCAGAGGACUGUAUGACGGCCCGGUCUGCGAGGUGUCCGUCACCCCCAAAACCAUGACUCCCGCCUCUUCCGCCAAGACAUCACCUGCCAAGCAGCCUGGCCAGCCCGUCCGUAACCUGCACCAGUCUGGUUUCAGCCUAUCUGGCGCUCAGGUUGACGACAACAUUCCUCGCCGGAGCACCCAGCGCAUCGUGGCGCCACCAGGCGGCAGGGCCAACAUCACCAGCUUGGGUUAGAGGUCCAUCCCCUUGGGCCGCUAAGGAGGACAGGAAAGAGACCGGAGGACGGACGGCCAACAGGAGCUGAGGAGUCGGGGGAACAACGCCGAGAGCCGAAACCCUCCCCAAGCAGGCCAUCCGUCAACCACAGUCUCUCGCCUCCUCCUCCGCCGCUUUCCACCGGAACCACUCUUCUCCUCCCCUAAACC